AGAAGAAGCGAUCUCUCGAGAGAAAGAAAGAUGUAUGACUAAAGUGUGGUCACUAAGCUGUUUAAGAGAGAUAAGAUAAACAGAAAGAAGAAGAAAAAGACUGAAACUAAUUCCUCUCUCGGUACUGAGCCAACGAGUGAAGCUCCUCCCACAGGAAUCACAUCAUUCGUGAAGCUCCUCCCACAGGAAUCACAUCAUCAGUGAAGCUCCUCCCACAGUAGUUCACCAAUAAAUGCUGGAACAUCUCAUCAGUUCAGAAGAGAAGAAGAGCUGAAAUCUGUGAAGUCUGAGUUUAUUAAAGAGGACAGAGAGAAGAUGAGAGAUCAAGAAGCCUCAACCCUCAGAAUCAAACACACUGAAGAUACUGAACAAACAGAGCUGAUUGAAGAGAACCAGGAGAGUGAAGAAUUGAGUGAAGCUGAGGAGAAAAAUCAUGUCAAAACCAGAGAAAAGUUUCUGAGUUGCUCUCAAACCAAACAGAAAGAUUUAAAGAAAAGAAGAGCCAAGAAAUCUUUCACCUGCACUCAGUGUCCAAAGAGUUUCACAUGCAAAUCUAAUCUUGAUAUUCACAUGAGAGUUCACACUAGAGAGAGACCAUACACAUGUGAUCAGUGCGGCAAGAGUUUCUCUCAAAAAAAAUACCUUCCAUUGCACAUGAACAUCCACACUGGAGAGAAACCGUACACGUGUGAUCAGUGCGGGAAGUGUUUCACACAAUCAACAAACCUUAAUAGUCACAUGAAGAUCCACACAAGAGAGAAACCGUACACUUGUGAUCAAUGUGGGAAGAGUUUCACACAAUCAACAAACCUUAAGAGACACAUGAAGAUCCACACAAGAGAGAAACUGUACUCAUGUGAUCAGUGCGGGCAAACAUUUUUGUGGGCUUCAAACCUGAAAAGACACCUGAGAGUUCAUACACAGGAGAAGCCAUAUUCGUGUGAUUUGUGUGGAAAGAGUUUUACAUUGCCACAAAGUUUGAAACAACAUCAGAAACUUCAUACUGGUGUGAGAGAGUACAUGUGCUUUGAGUGUGAAAAGACUUUUAUUUCAGCGGCCCAUUUAAAACAGCAUGAGAUGAUUCACACUGGAGAGAAACCUUACAAGUGUUCACACUGUGACAAGAUAUUCACUCAUGCAGGAAAUCUGAAAAAACAUGAGAGGAUUCACACUGGAGAAAAACCUUACAAGUGUUCACACUGUGAAAAGAGAUUCAGUCGGUCAGGAGACCUGAAAACACAUGAGAGGAUCCACACUGGAGAAAAACCUUACAAGUGUUCACACUGUGACAAGAGAUUCACUCAUGCAGUAAGUCUGAAAAUACACGAGAGGAUCCACACUGGAGAGAAACCGUAUCACUGCACUGCAUGUGGGAAGUGUUUCAAUCAAUCAUCUGCUCUACACAGUCAUACAAAAAACAUUCACAGUAAGUAGAUAAUCUUCAGAUCCAGCACUUUCAGAUCUAAUGCUGCAAUAAUGCUGCAAGAAAUAAAAUAUCACCUGGAUAAAUCUGUCCUAACCAGACAUUAGAAGCAACAUGACAGAAACAAGUUUUCACAGUUAAUAAAGUUCAUCUUCAUCUUCAAAAGCAGCAGAUUCAACUGAGAUUCAGAUCAACUCAAAGAUGGAGUUGCUACCCAAAGAACAAUGUCGAAAUGUUUUAUUAUUGUAUAUCAUUUUGCUUCAUGAUAUAAAUGUUAUACUUGUAAUUUUAUAUGAGUUUCAUGUUACCGUAAUUCCUCAAAUAAAAACCGGUAGUCAAAUAAACGGCGGGCCUCUUAUAGUGGCCGGGGGCGUGGUAACACGGACAAAUUAAGGCCGGGGGGAAAUUUGUGCAGCAGAGCCAGAUAACGAACGUACACGCCCACUGCCGGAGCAUUUCUCGUUCUCGAGUCAAGAACCGGUUGCAUCGGUUUUCGGAUCACCAGUACACUGAACCGAGAAGCAUUUCUGUCGGACGCGUCCGAUUCGAGAACCGAGGAGCUGAUGAUACUGCGCAUGCGUGAUUCAGCGUGAAGCAGACCGACACACAGAGCGUCUCUGAACCGAACUGAUUCUUUUGGUGAUUGAUUCUGAACUGAUUCUGUGCUAAUGUUAUGCCUGUCCACUGGAACGCUAUCGCUUUUAAUUUAAAAACGGUUAUUUAAAACAAUUACUUAUCAAACAGAUGGAAUUAGAAAUAAAGGUCUGCCUCUAAUAAAAGCCUGCUUCAAAUAAAAUCCUGUUACCUUCUGCAGUUCAGGUAAAUAAAGGCCCCAGCUUAUUUGAGGAAUUACGGUAUAUUCUAUUGUCGAAUGCAUGUGUGUCACUUGUAGUUGCUUACUCUUGAAGGAAAGUAGAAGCUUUCUACAAACCGUUAUGUAUUGUUACGAAGGAGGCUGAUGUAGUUGCUGUAACACUUUUAAGUGAGGUUUAGAUACAUUUUUUUUUGUUUGUUCUUUGUUAAAACAAACAGUUAUUGUUCUACUUAUGAUGUAUUUUAGAAUCACGGAUACAAUAUAUACUUUCAUGUAGCUUUGCAACGGAUCCUUCUUUGCUUCUCUUAAGUCGGGAUGGGUAACUUAACCCUCAUUUCUAUAUGGUUCAAGUGAUCUGAAACAUGUUUUUUCAUACAUUUCUCAAUAAUUAUGAAGUAGAUAUCACAUUCAGAAGUAUCAAGGGCAGUAUGGCAGUGUUUGAUUUCAUUUCAACCUCAAAAACACACGUAAAAGACAUGCAACGAGAACCUUAGACCUACGUUACAGUUCACGCUUCAUCAAAAAUGGAGAUUCUAUUGUUUUUUUUUCUUAAUAUUCAAACCCCUUUCAUAACUUUCUUUUUCUCCAAAAAUAGAAUCAAUGUUAUCUUUUUAACCCUUGACAUGAAAAUUAAUGGAGGUUUUUACGUUUUUACAACAUUUCAUAUGUGCAUCACUAUUUCAAAGUAAAUAGUCUAGAUGGAAAUAGGGGUCCACGCGAACCCCCAGGCUUUUUUUAUGCCACCUGAUUUUUUAAAAUCCUUAAAGUGUCUAUUUUCAUAAUCUGCCAGGUGCCAAGCUGAAAUAAUGUCCCAAAGGGUUCUUUUUUAACCCUUUGCUGCACCCGACCGGAAUCCGAAAAAAUCAAAAAGUGAUGUAGAAAGUGGCAUAACAUUUGAAGUAAACAACACACAGAGACAAGUGAACACAUUUCCCCAUACAAUUCUGACCCCAGGAAUAUAAUGGAAUGGUUAUUUUUGACAUUUCACAACAUAUUGACCUUAUUUCUGGACAAAAUAGCAAAAAAUGGCCAAAGAUGUGUAGAGGAUCAACUAUUUUUGUGUUUUCUCAAGCGCAUAGGGUGAUUUUUUUUCACAACAUAAUAUUUCUUUAUCAUUCAAAUGUCUAUUUUAAGAUUAAAUUGGGUACCAAGCUGAAAUAAUGUCCAAAAUGCUUUAUUUUUAACCCUUUGCACCAACCCGAAAAAUCUAAAUAUGAUAUAAAGUGGUAUAACUUUUUAUGUAAACAACUAACAGAGACAAAUGGCCACAUUUUUCAAUACAAUUCUGACCCCAGAAAUUGUUAUUUGUCAUGUUUUAUAACAUCUUGACCAUCUGUGGUCAAAAAGAGAGCAUUUUUAUUAUAUUUAGCAGCCUGAAAUAGGGUUUAUUUUAACCUUUUACUUCACCUAUCCUGAACCUAAACAUAUUUAAAAUAGUUUUACUUUUGCAGUAAACAAAACAAACUAACAAAUUAACAGCAAAUAACCUUAAAGUAAAUAAAUAACUACAGAAAAAAAAUCCAAAAAGGUCUAAAAAGUUGACUGAGCAUAAACUGCAAGUUUUUUUUAAUUUUGGGGCUUUGCAGUUGGCAGUUGGCAGUCAUCGGUUCAUACCCGCAGAUCGCCAUCUCCCACUGCUCUCUCUUUUGGAAAAAUUUCAGUAAGUAUUUUAAACUAUAAUUAAGAUAUACCUUUGUAGUCAUAACUUAAAGUGAUUUUUCAACAGUUUUUACUAUAAUCACAGGCUUUCGGAAAUCAAAUCUGUAUUCUUGACUAGCAGUGUUGGUAGCUACUAGCUAAAGUUUUUUUUUUUCUUCUUUUUUUCAGGCUCAAUACUUCAUACAUACUUACCAAGGGGAAAAUUAAACAUUGUAACACAGCUCAAGUGCCUCCAAAGAGGAUUCGUUCCCUAACACAUAUUUUACAUGUCUCAGCUCUUUCUGAGUAUGGUAAUUUUACAACACUCAACACAUGCAGGUGAGGAGGGCAAGCAAGAAGCUAUCAUAUCUACACAGUAUAUGAGAUAUGAGACUCUGUAAAGACGUCAGUUCACUAUACCACAUGAGGGAUAUUUAUGAACAGGUUGAAAUUAGAGGACUUGUCUUUGUAAGUCUUUUAAAAGGUCACUGGCUGAGAUAUCAUGGAAUCAGGUCUUCCGACAUCAGGAUGCCGAAACAGCUUAUCAGACAUUUAUGAAUAUAUUUUCAUCUUUGUUUAAAAAAUGUUUUCCAGUGGUACAAAGCAGAAGUAAAAACAGGAAUAUUUCUAAGCCAUGGUUUACACCUGCAUUAAGAAAAUCUUCCAUUACUAAAAAUAAGUUAUAUAAAAAAUCUCUCAUUAGCCCCACACCGUUAAAUAUUGCAUAUUAUAAAAAAUAUAAAAACAAAUUUAGCAAAAUUCUAAAAGUUGCCAAGAAAAAAUAUUUUUCUGAAAAGUUGGGAAAUUCAUGUGAAAAUAUAAAAAAAACUUGGAAUGUUAUAAAUGAAUUAUUAAAUAAAUAAAAAAAACUAAUAGGGUUUUAAACGGUUUCAAUGAUUUCUUUGUGAAUGUUGGUCCUUCACUGGCAAAAAACAUUGUGAAUACAGGAAAAUUUACUUCACAAUUUUUUGAUUUGCCUCAUCCUUACUUAAAUUAAUUUGAUCCUCCAACUCCAAAUGAAGUGCUUGAAAUCAUACUAAAGAUGAAGGACACCGCUCCAGGACAUGAUGAAAUUUGUGCUGGUCUCAUAAAGAAAGUAGCUUCCUCUAUUAUUGAGCCUGUAACAUAUGUUCUCUCUUUGUCACUUAAAACAGGCGUUGUACCAAGAGAUCUCAAAUUAGCUAAAGUAAUUCCCUUGUUUAAGUCUGGGAAUUCACAUUUAUUUAACAAUUAUUGACCUAUUUCUGUGUUACCUUUCUUUUCUAAAAUACUUGAAAAACUAGUUUAUAAAAGGUUAUUAAAACACUUGACAGAAAAUUUGAUCUUAUAUGAUCACCAGUAUGGCUUCAGAGAGAACAUGUCUACAGAAAUGGCUCUUUUACAGUUUGUCGACAAAAUCACAAAAAAUCUGCAUGAGAAAAAUAAUACUAUUGGUAUAUUUCUAGACUUGUCAAAAGCAUUUGACACAGUAAAUCAUAAUAUUCUUUUAGCAAAAUUAGAGAAUUAUGGCAUUAAACAUAUAGCCUUAACUUGGGUACAAAAUUAUUUGGAAGAGAGAGAGCAAUUUGUUUAUUUCAACAAUCCGAGCUCAAGUAGGGGAAAACUUUUAUGUGGGGUACCGCAGGGGUCCGUUUUGGGACCUCUAUUAUUUCUAAUUUAUAUCAAUGAUUUAAGAGUUGUUUGUAAAAAUGUUAUGCCACUCAUGUUUGCAGAUGAUACAUGUCUUCUAUUAUCUCAUUCUAACAUUGACACAUUGAUAAGAGUAGUAAAUGAAGAAUUACAAAAUAUUUCUAAAUGGUUUACAAUUAAUCAACUCUCUCUUAAUAUACAAAAAACUAACUUUAUGAUUUUUAGCACAAAAAACAAAGGAGAUUGUCAGGACAUAUAGGUAUCAAUUGAUGGUUUAAAAAUUGGCCAAGUGAACCAAAUAAAAUUUUUAGGUGUCAUUGUCGACCAUAAACUAACCUGGAGAUAUCAUAUCCAGCAUAUUUGCAGAAAAAUAAUGAAAUCUGUUGGUAUACUGAGUAGAGUUCGUUCUUUAAUUGAUAUUUCAUGUAUGAAAACAUCAUAUUACAGCUUGAUCUAUCCCCACAUUUUGUACUGUAAUAUUGUUUGGGGUGCAACAUGCCAAACAUAUCUAAAUAAGAUUUUAUUAAUACAAAAGAAAUUCUUAAGAAUUAUGAAUUCAAAUAGAUUGUCAUCAUCUGCUCCGCUUUUCAUAAAAUAGAACAUUUUGACAAUAUUCAAUGUUAACAUCUAUUGCAUAAAUACCUUUAUGUACAAGUAUGUGUAUAUGACAAAUAUUAUGCCCAGAGUUUGUAAUAACUUUUUCAUGUAUUCUUCGGAUGUUCAUGCUUAUUCCACAAGGCGCUGCAAAGAUUUUUAUCUUCCUUUUUGCAGAACUACAGCCAACCAAUCUACACUGAAAUACAGAUGGCCUUCCCUCUGGAAUCAUUUAGACCCUGCUUUAAAGACUAAAACCACUCUAAAUUCUUUCAAAAGAGAGCUGAAAAUAAUGUUAACAUAUAAAUAAGUUUAUUUUGGUAAUUUGUUUAUUAAAAUGUUUGAUGUACUGA